CCUCGAAGGUAUCGACCAGCUUUCUCGCCAUGAAAUUGCACGUUUUAUUCCUGACGGCGCUUCCAAUAUGCCUGGGCCAAUUUUCAAUUCAGGGACCUAGCGACGGGAACCGACGAGCCCAGGGUCUGAAGUUCAGCCAGGAUAAAGGACUCGAAUAUACCGAUCAAAACGAAUCACAAGGAGCCGGAGACUUCACCAUCCAAGGUGCGACCGACGGUCACAGCAACUUCCAAAUUCAAGGCGCCACAGACGGGAACUCAGACUUCCAUAUUCAGGGCCCUACGGACGGGGGGGCGGCUACCUUCCACAUACAGGGGCCGACCGAUGGGCACAGCCAGUCCAUCAUUCAAGGCGCAUACGAUCCCAAUCAGGGUAACGAGAAGGCGCUCCAGUACAACGAUCCCAGCGGUUACAGGGUGAACUGGAGAUCGUACGAGCGCCAACAGCGGCCGAGCGCGCACGUAGAACCGCAGCAUGCGGCGCAGGCCGCGGCGCCGGUCCGGCAGGCCGCGGCGCAUCGGCGAGCGCCUCGGCCGCAACAGGCGCCCGCAGAACCUGCACCACAAUACAAACAUUACGCCAACGCGCCGCCGCAGAUCCAACAACUGCUCCAGUACCAACAGCAGAUCCCGUACCUCAAUGUGAUCCCCGAGCAAUUCAGAUUCGACGAAGAGGCGGCGAUAAAGGCUCAAGCGGAGCAGGUACGGGAGCACUUCCGGAACUUGGCAGCUCAGCCCGCAGCUGCGCCCGCGCCGGAACCGCGUCACAGACCGCGCGGUCACGCCAGACCCAAGCGUGAAGCGAAUCCUCAACAUCAGCAACAGACGGCACAGCCGCAGUACCGCAGGGUAUCCCAGCCGAAGGCGGAACCGCAGCCGCAAUACUCAACUAACUUACCGGCGCAACUGCAAGAGCUACUGAAGUUCCAGGCGCAAACGCCGUAUAAUAUCUUUGCCAAUCAGGUCUCGUAUCGCGGACCCGACAAACCCUACGUGCCGCAACCCGUGAGCGCGCCACAGAAGCAGCUGCAGGUGCAGCAGGCGCAGUAUCAAGGUCAAGGUGGCGCGUAUCACUCCCAGGCGAACUCUUACACGCAGGCUCGCGUGGCCGGCUACAAUCAGGGCCUUGGCUAUAAUCAGCAGCAGCAACAGCAACAAUCGGGCGUACGACCCGUGACCGAGAAUCAGUACUGAUUGACCAGAAGGAGAUACGUCGAAUGUGCUGUUAAAGGAAGUUGUAAAUAACGGUUGCGACAAGCAAGUAGUUUCACAGGGACAACGAGAUUUUGUCAACUCUGCUUGAUCCUGCUAGAAUGGGGACGAUGAUCUAUUUAAUGCACAGCCCGCGGAUGUUCGUUAAUGAUAGAUAUUUAAACGAUAUAAUUAUUGCUAUUCGAGUAUCUUAGUCAGCGAGCAAGUUCAACAUUCAUAUAUAUAUAUACUAUUGUAAAAAAUAAACAGACCUAUGUUUUUUUUAUCGUUCGAGUUCAUUGUAGAAGCGAUGUUUCGACGUUGAGACUUGUCUAUGUUCUUUCAAGUUUCUAUUCGACCGAUGGAAAGUACAUUGUACUUUCCGACACGUGAAACGUGCACCCGAGAAAGUACAUUCUUACCGUGAAAUUUCCCGCGAUCGGAAGUUUCGAUAUUACUGCCGAGGCCAAGUUUGAGCGCGGGUGCCGUUCGAGAAUGAACAUUUUUUUAUUUUCGUGAUUCCUACGUAACAAAAAGAGACGACGAAGGUUGCACUCGCCGCACGAAUGCAUCGAUGUACUUGUGCAAAUCCCGAGACGCGUGCGCGAAGUACCGACGUAUACCGUAAGUUUAUCUGCCUUCACAGUUUUUUAUACCUAUUGUAUGUCUCCAAAUAAAAUAUUUGUGAAUGUA